AUGUCGGGUCGGGCCAAGAUCACGGUUCAGCCAUCUAGUACCAGAACGCAUCAUCAACUCCCGUGGUUGACGACUUACCAAAGCUUCAACCCGGAUAAAGAACCGCCCUACAAUCGCUUCGGUUCACUUACAGCUAUAGGCGAAGAUGUGGUCCAACCGCAGUCUGGUUUUCCAACACAUCAUCACCAGAACUUCGAGAUUUUCACCUAUGUACUAUCGGGUGAAUUGACACAUCGCGAUUCAAGGCUUACGCAAGCCAAAGCGGAACAGGAUGGAGAUCGGUCAAAAGAUUUCUAUCGUAUGCGUCGCAAUGACGUUCAAUUGACGACAACAGGAAGUGGCAUUUCCCACUCUGAAAUCAAUGAACAUGUGUCUGAGGCUGUUCACUUGCUUCAGAUCUGGGUCGCACCAUGGAAACUGGGGUUGACUCCGGCAUAUCGGAAUCUCAGUUUCAGCGAGGACAAGAAAAGGCUGAACUUCCUCAAAUUCAUCAGCCCAUUCAAGUCUGGUAUUCCCGCAACAAUUGAACAUGAAGGCGAUUCGAAACCGGCUGAGCCUGAGACGUUGCCGAUACAUGCGGACUUCGUUGCAGCAGCCGGCAUCAUUGCUCCAGGCAGGGAGUUUCACUGGGCGAUGGGUGGCCGUGUCACUACGGACAAUGCAAGGAAGGUAUAUGUGCAUCUUCCGAUGACGAGAAAUGGCGAGGCAAAUGUCCGCUUGUGUGUGAACGGCGUUUCGACUGUAGAGUUGUCGGAAGGAGACGGUGCCUUCAUUGAGCACGUUACCAAAGAUGACGAGCUUACCGUGAAGAACAUUGGCUUGCUAGAUACGGAAGUACUGGUUCUUGAUGGAGCUGCCACAUUCGGUGUUACAGAACAAUAG